AUGGCCGGCCAGCCCCCAGGCUUCCCCGACCUGUCGGCUCUGCAGGAGGCCCUCAAUGAUCCCGCGAUGAAGGCCAUGGCUGAGCAGGUUGCCCAGGACCCCGCGUUCCGCAAGAUCACGGAGCAACUGCAGGGCGUUCUCGGCGGUGGAAUGGGCGAGGGCGGACCUAGCCCCGACGCCGCCCCGAAGGGCAUGCCGGACCCGGCCAUGAUGGCCCAGAUGAUGCAGGGCGGCGAGGGCGCCGAGUCCUACGCCAAGGUGAUGGAGGGUCUGUUCCAGAACGAGCAGUUCAUGCAGAUGGCGCAGACGAUCGGCCAGCAGCUGAUGCAGGACCCCACGACGAAGCAGAUGAUGGAGAUGAUGCAGAACGAGAACGUGCGCAAGGAGUGGGAGGAGAAGAUGAAGACCCUGCAGGAGGACCCGGAGGUGGGCGACGUGCUCAAGGAGAUCGAGUCCGGCGGCCCGCAGGCCAUGAUGAAGUACUGGAACGACCCGGACGUGCUCGCGAAGCUCGGGAAGGCGUUUGGGGACCAGUUCAACAUGGAGGGCGCGGCCGCGGGCGAGGGCGAGGACGCCGGGGAGGAGGAGGGGUCCCCGCUGCACGCGGCCGCGAGCGACGGCGACGCGGAGGCGCUGGAGAAGCUGCUGAAGGAGAAGGACGUGGACGUGAACAAGCGGGACGAGGAGGGGCGGACGGCGCUGCACUUUGCGUGCGGCUACGGCGAGAAGAAGUGCGCGGAGCUGCUCCUGGAGGCCGGGGCGGACGUGGAGUGCCAGGACGACAACAAGAACACCCCGCUCCACUACGCGGCGGGCUACGACCAGAAGGAGCUGGUGGAGCUGCUGCUGAGCAAGAACGCGAGCACAUCCGCGAAGAACGACGACAAGAAGACGCCCAUGGACGUCGCGGAGAUCAACGAGCGGGCGGAGAUCGUCGCGCUGCUCAAGGGCGCCAAGUGA